AUGGAUUUUUGUGGUUCUUUCGAAGACUUCGAGUAUCAUAUAUUUGGAAAUGAUCGCUGUUGGAUUGUGAUGACAGAUAUUAUAAUAGUUCUCACUUCAUGGUUUUCCGUUUAUAAAAUGCCUUCGUUAGGAAUACGAACUCAUUUCAUAUCUUUGUUAUCAAUUAUAUCCAUAUUAUUACUUAUCCGAGUGUUCAAAAUAGCAAUUACUUUACUAGAUCCAGAAGAUGUGGAGAGUUAUGCGAUAUUCUGUUGGGCAUUAAUGACUGAAUACACUCUUCACUACUCAUUAUCCAAUCUAUUUAGUUUUACUGAACUUCUGCUACUUCUUCUCAUAUGCAAACAGAGAACUACAGUAUUCCCUGAUAACCCUAAGUAUCGGAAGUUAUAUAUGAUCCUCACCGCACUGUCUUUGCUUAUCGCUUUCGUUAUGGAGAUUUGUAAUGAAAUUUUAGAAUUUUUUCCAACCAAAUUAUAUAUAAUCAUACAAAUAUUCGUAAAUGUCCUCACCACUAUCGUCUUUUUCAUGACACCUUGUUUUGCAAUAAGACGAGCAUCUCAGAAAGACAGAGAAGGCGGCUUUUCUGUUACAUGGGUUUACAUAUACUUCCUAAUACCAGGAACACUUCAAUUAUACCAGUCAAUCUUCUUCUUAGCUCUUCUAUUUCCGCUAUUUGGAAUUAGAGGAUUUGAAGGAAAUGAUCAUGAUAUCAUCAAUUACUAUCGAUAUGUUGAAUCACACCUGGCUCAUAAAUUCUCGUUCACAACUUUAUCAAUUCUAGCGCCAGCUUUGUUUUUGAUUCCUCUCUUCAGAGAUGCAUUCCAUAUCAAACGUCGCGAUCGAGUUAUUGAUUCCGGUGAUGGAAAUACUAGCAGAUAUUAA